GUUUUUGUAUUGAUUCUAGCGUCAUUUCGGUUACUACUCUUUCCUUUUCGUAACACAAACACAGCAAAAUAAUACCGUUUUUAUUCGAUAAGAAGGAUUCCGGCUACCAUAAUCAAGUCGACCAUAUUUCAUGGUUUUUAGUUUUUAUCAAGAGCAAAUUUUCCAUUUCGAGAAUCGAGAUCCAUCAGGGACAAGGACAACCCGCAAUGAAUUUGAAAAAUUCCAAGUUUUACAAGAGGAUCCAGGAGCUGCGUCACUUCAAAGAGAAGGUACGCAAGGAUAGGGAGAACAGGACGCGCGUUUCCCGCGCUUUGAAAAUGGCGAUCAGUGAACAGCCUUGCUCGGACAGGGAGUGGUUCAGCUCGGAGCGCUCGCCCUCGCCGCCCCCAGCCCAGCCCAUCUCUCCGCGUCGACGGAUCAAGAAGUAUAGGUCUCCCAAGAAAAAGGCUGUCGGAAAGUCGAUGGGCAACCUGUCUCCCAACUACCGUCUGAAUGGCGGGCAGUGUUCCGGCCGCGAGAGCCCCAAGCCAGGGCUGAUGGCGUCGGCAGAAGCCAAGCUGAAUGGCUUCAUACAGCUAAACAACAAGCGUUAUCGCGUGGAAUGUCCCACUCGGGUUGCGGCCCCACUCGGUGUCAGCCACAACCCCGAGCGUUCCAGCGAUACCAAAAGCACCAUCUGUGUGGCCAAUUCCCGCUACGGCAUGAUCGGCAAAAUAUCCAAGACUCUGGGAUUCAAGCUGGUCAAGGAAUCGAAACUGUGGAACAUCUUCUGGUCGGACUCAUUUCCCGGUGUGGAGCUGUUCAAGAACAUGAAACGCUUCCAGCAGAUCAAUCAUUUUCCGGGUAUGAUCGAGAUCUGUCGGAAGGAUCUGCUCUCGCGCAACCUCAACCGGAUGCUUAAGUUGUACCCCUUUGACUACAAGAUCUUUCCCAGGACGUGGAUGCUACCUGCAGACUAUGGAGACGCCAUGAAUUAUGCCCUAACUCACAAGCGAACCUUCAUCCUGAAGCCGGAUUCUGGGGCUCAGGGACGUGGCAUUUGGCUGACAAAUGAACUGAAGUCGAUUGGAGCUCAUGACAGACUCAUCUGCCAGACGUACAUACAUAAGCCACUCCUCAUCGAUGGCUACAAGUUUGAUUUGCGUGUUUACACGCUGAUUACUUCCGUUGAUCCGCUACGCAUCUUCGUGUACAACGAGGGAUUGGCCAGAUUUGCUACCAAUAAGUACGUGGAGCCCACGCCUGGGAAUUCAAAUGACCUUUACAUGCACCUGACCAACUACUCCGUCAACAAGCGAAACUCGCACUACGAGCUGUGCGACAACGACGACUGCGGCAGCAAGCGAAAGCUGAGCGCGAUCAACAACUGGAUGAGACGGCACAACUAUGACGUGAACGAGUUCUGGACCAACGUGGACGACGUUAUCAUUAAGACGGUGUUGAGUGCUUGGCCUGUUUUGAAGCACAAUUACCACGCCUGCUUCCCGGGACAUGACAAGAUCCAGGCCUGCUUCGAGAUUCUCGGCUUCGACAUUCUAGUGGACUGGAAGUUGAAGCCCUACAUCCUAGAGGUGAACCACUCGCCCAGCUUCCACACCAAUGAGCAGGUGGACAGGGAAGUGAAACGCCCACUUAUCCGAGACACCCUGAAUCUUGUCAGCACUGGGCUCGUGGACAAGAGGCAGAUCCUCAGGGAGGAUCGCAAGAGGGUCAAGCAACGACUGCUUAAAACCAGGGGAGAGCCGGCAGUUCCCCGGGCUCGUCUUUAUGCAGGUUCCGCGUCUAAGGCCAAAAUAGAUACCAAUCUCGGCAAUUCAGAACGGCUGGCCAACUGUAAUCCUAAAAAGAUUGAUGCAGAGACCGAGGAAGAGGGCGCUCUGGCCCGGCAGGUCGCCUGGGAGGACAGCCACAUGGGCAAUUUCAGGAGAAUAAUGCCGCCACCAGAUGCAUCGAAGGGUGACUAUUACAUCCGCUUCUACGGGCAGACCAAUCAGGUGUCCAUUUUUGCUGAAACGGCUGCCAGCAAGAAACGGGAGGAUCUCGCCCGAAAGAUGCGCCUUCAGAUCGAAGAGAAGAAGGCCAAGCAGGAGCAGAUGCUCAAUGGGCGACCGAAGCGAACGCGCCUUCUGCCGCGAGCUGUGCGUGAAAAGAACCGGAUGACCCUCUUCCGGAUGAAGGAGAACUGGACGCCGGGCUUUAUUUCGGAUGCGGAGGAGCGCCUGCGCCACACUUGGCUACACACGCGCACGGAGUCCAUUAGGACGCUUAAGAUCACGGAAAAUAUCUAUACCUCGCUCUAUGAGUCCGGUCACUUGACCAACACAGACAUGAUCGUUUAUCCCCAUCUCUACCACAACCUGAUAAACGGUUUUGACAUCAGACGAAUCCAUCCAUGAAUUUCUGCAUUUCGAGCACCACUCCUCUUGUACGUAGAUGUGUUAUAAAAUUUAUUAUCAAUUCGAUUGUAAUUGGAAAAAGGACGGAAUUAUUUCAUCUUUAAUUGAAGCCCAAAACCCGGAAUGCAGAAGUUCAGAUGAUGGUGAUUUUUUUGAGAUUUGAUUCCAGACUUUACCACUUGAAGUACCAGAGGAACAUAUUGUACUUUAACAACACAACAGUUUGAUUCAAAAUUCUUCCCCAAAUGUAUGUAAUAAACUAAAUACUUUGAACUAUA